AUGUUAAGUUUGGUAAAGUGUAGAGAUAUCUAUAAUAAAUCUCGAUAAAAAAUUAUUAUCUCGAAUUUUUAAUUAGAGCUAGCAGGAUUUUGCAUAGAUGAUAUGUCUGAAUUUUUGUCAAAAAUUAAUGCAGAAGAACAUAAUAUUUAAAUUAUUAUUUCUAAAUUACAUAAACUCAAUUUUUAAUGA